GGGUUUAUGGUAACAUGUUAGGUGGACCUCUGAGUGUUGUAUAAUACAUAUUUAUUAUACUGUAUUAUACCACGCAGUACCCGAAGAAUUCAAUUAUACAAAUCCAUAGUUUCUCCCCGAGCUUUCGGCGUUGGGCACAUUUGCUCCGUGGGGGCCGACGAAGGACGAAAGACGAGCGCUCGAUCGCUGGGACUCGCGAGCUUUGCACACCAGCUUUCUCGCUGCUGGGAGCUUCGCUGCACGGGGCGACGGGUCACGUGGUGGGGCUUCGACGCGUGCCAGCAGUUUCUGGGCAUCUUCUCCCGUUUGGCGGAAAGGCCUGUUUCGAUCGAGCUUAUAUGAGCUUCCCGGGCCAUGGUCACCCCACACUUCCACACUUCCCCGUCGCACCCGCAGCUCUCGAGCCUUCGGCACUUCGCCCUCGCCCACUCCGCUUCUCGAGCUUAAUUUCUGCAUGAAUCACGAAUUUCGCCUAGCUUACAAUUCCCCAUCCUCGAACCGGUCUCUCGCCUUCGAAUUGCCGCGCACAAUUGAAUUCGAAGCACCGAUCUCUCAUUUAGCUGCGAAUCCCAUUGUAGUCGCGGUGAGCUUUAUAUUGCUGCGGUGCAGAUUCCGGGUCAAACGAGCGAGCCAACCGUCGGACGCGUAGCGUCGUCGGACUCCCGAAAGUUGCAGCUUCUGCGGGUUGCACAGAUUAGAACUUGACGGGGCAAGGGAGCGCAAUUCCUUGAUUCCCUUGUAUUCUUCCCGAGGCAAGUGCCUCGGCCUCCACAGCGGCGGAAGUCGAAUUCGGAGCUGUGACCGAGGGAGAUAUGGCAGCGGUGCAUUCGCAGAUGGUGUUGAGCAGCGUCGGCAACAUCAGCAGGCACAGCAGCAGCAGGAGCAUUCAAUCGGUGCACUUCGAGGCGACGCGAUUCGCGAGCUACGCGACCGAGGGGUGUUCGGACGACGAGGCCACGCCGAGGAGCUACGAAUCGGGUGGUGCCAGCUCCAUGACCUGGAAUGCGGCGGAGAUGAAGAGAGUGUUCGAAAAGGUGGACGAGAACGACGACGGCCUCAUAUGCGCUCAAGAUCUGCUCAGAUUCAUGACCCGCCUCGGAUUUCAGCUGUCGCAGGACGAGGCCGUGUCCAUGCUCGAGAGCGUGGACAGCAACGGCGACGGGCGCGUCGACUUCCAGGAGUUCCUCUCGCUCUACAGGUCGCUCUGCGACGGGGACGCCGCCACUCCCUCGCCCUCGCUCGACGACGAGGAGGACGAGACUCUGCUCGAGGCCUUCCGCGUCUUCGACAAGAAUAUGGACGGCUUCAUCACGGCCGAGGAGCUGCAGACCGUACUCCUGGACCUGGGCCUGCCCGAAGGCAAGAGCCUGAAGAACUGCGAGAGAAUGAUCCAGAGCGUGGACGUCGAUGGCAACGGCGAAAUCGACCUCAGAGAAUUCAAGGAGAUGAUGAGCUCCAACUACAUCUACUGCGAAGUCUGAAGGUCUCGGGCCAUUCCCGGCACUUGCAGAGACUUCGCCUCGGGCUUCUGUGCCUUUGUAUACUCGACCACAAGUUUGUGCAUAGAUUGGAUCGUCGCUUAAAUCCUGAGGACGAGGAGGAUGGCAAAUCUGUAGAAAAAAACCGCAUCGCACGGCCACGGCGAAGAGAUAGAGUGAGGAGUUCACACAAGAAGCCUAGAUCCAGCCAAUUUUUCGCAUCCCACGGAGAACUCCGACGACGAAAUUGAUCAUCGACUGUAGAAACGGAGUUACACGUCUACUUCUCCCCGACGCUCUCCGGGCGAUGGUACCCUCCCGGGGUACGAGAUUACUUUAAUAAUGUCGUCUGAAUCCAACUCCCUUCGGACGGAUGAUUCGUCUUGUCACCCCCAUUGUUACCAGCUUAGCGUGCUUUCGAGAAGUGAUUUUUAUGAUUAAUAGUUGAAGUCAGAAGUAGAUUUCAUGAGGUUCUCGAGGGGGUGAGUUUUGUGACAGUAGAAUUGAUUGUAAACAUUCAACUAAAUGUAUGAUUAAUUUCAUCAUAUCUCGACUCCAACUGCCACGGUCUGCUGUCGUCAUUGGAAUGAGGUGGAGAGUGGACAGGCUCCUCAGUGUCCGGAGUUUGAUAAGAAUCCCACCACUACUUUCACUUAUGAGAAUCAAGGUAGUUGGGAUUCUUCUAAACAUAUAUUUUUUACCUCUUGUUCUCUG